AUGUCUUUCCAGUUUUCUCUCUGUGGUAUCGUAUGCAUUUUUAUGACAUACGCAGCCGUCCUCUACUCUGAUUAUGUUAUUCUGUUCCAACUCAUAGUCCCUGUGUUCAGUUACGGUGCCGUAACUCUAGUUCUCACAGUUUACUACAACGUGAUCGUCGCCCUACUCAUCGUGUCGCACAUAAAAUCUGUUUUCACUGAUCCUGGAGUUAUUCCCCUCCCCUCACGCAGACACAGUCCUCAUGAUCUCCAAACCCUAAAACGCAAUUAUCCCGGUGGCUGGACGAUCUGUCGCAAGUGUUCAACCCUAAGACCACCAAGGGCGCACCACUGCAGCAUUUGCAAUCGUUGCAUCCGAAAAAUGGACCACCACUGUCCUUGGGUGAACAAUUGUGUUGGUGAAGAUAAUCAAAGAUACUUCCUUCUUUUUCUCAUCUAUGUCGGCUUCAGCUGCAUCAGCUGUCUCAUCAUCUUGACGGUUUGUUGGGUGCUGGACUCCAUGCGCCAAGGUGUCAAGGGCGGUGGUAACAUCACCAGCGGCGACGACGUUUACAGGCAAAUUCGCAUAAUUCACUCCAUUGUUCUCGUAGUAAUCUCCUGCCUCUUUGGUCUCUUCGUCUUUGCGAUCCUUUCAGAUCAGCUCUCCGCCAUAUUCAACGACGAGACGGCAGUCGAACACGUCCAGCGUGUCAAUCCGCGUGUUGAUCGUGGACAAAUGCAACGGCUGUUCAAUAGUGAAGAAGGCGAUCCGGAAAUUGGCGGAUAUCGAAAACUCUCGAAAUACGAACUUCUGAGUGAUGUUUGCGGUCCUGGUCCUCUGUGGCUCUGGCCCUUACCUUGUCUUCGUCCGCGACGUCCGAGAACUUUCAACUGGUCUAUGGAUGCGGUAGACUUUCGUGGAGUCGAUUCGACAGGAGGAACAGUGUCACCAAUCACAGCAACAAUUUGUCCUUCUACUAAGUACUCUGUCGAUGUGUCGGCAAAUGUACCCCUUCUUAGUGCCCUUCACGAUGCAACAAAUGAGGCCGAUGCAGUUACUUCUUGCCAUCGUCCCCUGCUGGAUAAAUGGAUGGCGGUUGUUGAUGAGCCAGGCUGA